AUGAAAAAUCCGCUGACUUUCAUGAUAUUGGUAUCCUAUCUAUUCUACUAUUGUAAUUGCGGAACACUACCUUAUUCACAGUUAGCUGAAGCAUCAAUAAUAACAACAUUGUUAAAAGGUUAUAACAAAAACGUAAGACCUGCAAAUCAAGUCAGUGUGUAUAUUACUGCUUCAUUACAACAAAUUGUAUCUAUCGACGAAAAACAGCAAAUAAUGACAUCAAGUUCAUUUAUUACACAGUUUUGGCAAGAUAAUCGAUUGUCAUGGACACCAAAUUCAUCAAAUUAUACUAUUGAAGUAGUUAUGUUACCUGUUAAAAGUAUAUGGACACCAGAUACGUUUAUAAUAAAUUCAGCAGAUGCAAGUGGUUAUCUUACUGUGAGCGAUUACAGUUUUGCAUCUGUCUACUAUACCGGUGACGUAUGUCUGAUGUUACCAGCAUUAACCGUUAGAACAAGAUGCAACUUCAAUGUUCGAAAAUUUCCGUUUGAUAAGCAAAUGUGCAGCAUAAAUUUAACAUCCUGGAGUCAUGGUGCUAAUAAAAUCAAAUAUGCUGAAAAUCGUAUUCUAAUAAUUGAUAUUAGUAAGUAUAGUGGACAUCCAUUAUGGAAAUUGUAUAAAACAGAUCUGGAUGUGCUUCAAGCUGAGGAUACAAUACCAUUUGAAGACACUUAUAAUACAAUAAUAUCGAUACAGUUAUAUCUACAAAGAAAACCAUUAUUUUUUAUGUUCAAUGGUAUAUUUGCAUGCUUAAUUUUAAAUUGUGUUACAUUAUUAUCAUUUGCAUUACCAUUUGGAUCACAAAUUGGUCUAUGUAAGCAAUAG